AAGUGAGAGCAGCUAGAGAAAGAGGGGAGGGGAGGGCGUAUGUCAGCUGGAUCAGCAAGUGAGAGCAGCUAGAGAGGGAGCCACAGCACAGUGAAAGAGUGUGUGUGUAUGAGUCUGCCUGCCUGCCUGCCUUCCUGCUUGCUUGCCUGACUGACUGUGUGUGUGUGUGAGAGAGAGAGAGGGAGAGGGAUAGGGAGAGGGAGAGGGAGAGUCAGGGAGCUUGUGGAUACUACUCUACCAGACUGCAUGUCUCUGGCAUCACUAGGGGAGCAGUCCACACAUUACAGAGACAGCCUAUACCAGGCCUAGCUGAGAAUUCCUAUCAUGGCGUCCAACAACACAGCAAGCAUCGCCCAGGCCAGGAAACUGGUAGAGCAGCUGAAGAUGGAGGCCAACAUUGACAGGAUAAAGGUGUCCAAAGCAGCAGCAGAUUUAAUGUCGUACUGCGAAGCCCAUGCCAAAGAGGACCCGCUCCUGUCGCCGGUGCCCGCAUCCGAAAACCCUUUUAGGGAGAAGAAGUUCUUCUGUGCCAUCCUGUAAACGGGGUGUGGUUUAUUUGGUCUGACAGGAAGUCUGCUCAUCUUGGGACAUUGAACGAGGACGUUCAAUAUGUAGACAUCUUCUAACAGAAGGGCAUGGAGGAGUAGUACUGUCUCUUUCUCUACAAUGGAAGCUAAAGCAGGCAUUUAAAAACCACAGAGUAACCAUUUACAGCGGUCUGAUCUGACCUGAUCUGAGGGCAGUUUUUGAGGGCUGUGCAGCAUGUUUGAUGGAUCCAUCCGUGUAGUCAGAGGACAACCGAAGAUAGUAUGGUUAUCCACCCAGAAACAUGAUGGACAACCAAUCAACCAAGUCUUCAGGUUGUGUUUAAAAUACAAUAAAAAGAAUGAAGGAAAAAAAUAAACAAAAAAAAUGUUGUGGUUCUUUUGGAACAUGAAAUCCAAGUGUUAUGUUAAAUGGUGGGUUGGGUUGGGUAGAUGAGCUGCUUACCACCAGAUACUAACGCCUGUUUAUCGGAAUGUUUUUAUUUUUGCUGUUGUUUAUUUUAUGCAGAUUUUGAUUCUGAGAUGAAUUGGUUUGGCUAUAUCACUUAGACAACUUUCUAUACUGUAUGUGAUUACUGAAACAGCUAUUUUAACAUUUUUUUUUUUUUUACAUUGUUAGAAUUUGUGAAAGCUGUUUUAAUGGAAAGUUUGGACGUUCAAUUAAGUGAUAUUCUUUACAGACAUGUUUCUUUAAACUUCUUCUGAGAGAAGUAUACAACAUAUAUAUCUGGCAAUGUGGUACAGUAUGUGUUUCCUUCAGAUACAAGCUCUCUUUUUACUAUUUGUAUAAAAAUACUAGCAAGUAAACUGUGUUGUGCUGUGCGUUCUGAAUGUUUGUGUUUAUCAUUAAUAAUUGCAUGAAAUUAACUAUUUUUUAAUUUUAUUUUUAAUGUGGGGAUUGUAUGAACGAGGCAGCCUCCAUCUGGCAUUGCCAACUGUAUUAAAAAGAUAACAAUGACUCAAAA